UCACGACGGUAGCUCGCGAAGCUGAUAAAUAUUUUGCUGCGAUCUGAUCGCGUUUUCGGUCGCUGCUCCUCCGAGUUCGACAUUUAAAACUUUAAUUUUCGCGUCUCUCCGUAUUUUCGCUCAUAUCGGUUCACUUUUCACGUCGGAAUCAGACUAAUCGCGAUAAUGAGAGAUGAUUGUCGAAACAGUAUGUGCAGUAUAAUCACAGAAUGUAAUUAGAAACUCGAUUACUGGCGCAAAGUUGUUUAUAUCCGAUAAUCAAUCACAUCAAUGUCGAUCUGAUUUGUAGCUAGUUCAUUUGACGAAUUUUAUCCGGCGAAAGUUUCGGUCGAUGGCGGAGACGCGUUGUCGCAUUUGCAUAUCGUGAGGGGACGUUUGUCGAUAGCACGUGAGGCAUGAUUGUACUGAAGCAGAAGGCUUCUGUGCACUAUGGCCUGCCACCGCCGCCGGCACCCCAGCCACCCUCGCCGUGGUCCAGUAUUCUGUGGGGCGACAAUCGGCGAUCUCGUGGGCGAAGAGUCGCGUGUGGCGUACGCGUCACGCAACUGCGAGACAAAGUCACCGCAAAAGAUUCGGGUGCAGGAGCACCAGCUGACGACGAGGACACUACGAGAACCUGCAAAAGUUUGAGCGAAUGUUACUUCGCGGGCAAGGGCGCAGCCCUGGUUUUACCGCCGAACGAAAGGGCUCGUCCUUCCAGACGAGUCUCGGCGGCAGGAUGCGAUAUCCAGCAGCACUUACAGUCCAUGUUCUACCUACUGAGGCCCGAGGAAACUUUAAAGAUGGCCGUGAAACUGGAGUCGGUGCAUCCAGGAAGGACGCGAUAUCUCGUCGUCGUCUCGUGCACGGGCAGGCAGGACGCCGAGGAGAGCUGCCUCCUUGGUAUCGAUUGCCACGCCAGGGCGACCGUCGGUCUCGUGCUCCGAGUUUUGGCCGACACCGCUAUCACUCUCGACGGCGAUGGGGGUUUCAAGGUCAGCGUUUGCGGCCGUCAACACAUUUUCAAGCCAGUGUCCGUUCAGGCCAUGUGGUCAGCCUUGCAGACGUUGCACAAAGUGUCCGGUAAGGCACGCGAGCAGAACUAUUUUCUGGGUGGAUUAUCGCACGACUGGGUCAGUUACUAUGAGCAACGAAUCGAGAGCGAUCGGUCGUGCCUCAACGAGUGGCACGCCAUGGACAAUCUGGAGUCUAAGAGACCGCCGUCGCCGGACAGCGUGCGCACCAAGCCCCGGGAAAGAGAAGAGACCGAGCGCGUGAUUCGAUCGACGUUGAAGGAGAUCAUGAUGUCUGUGGACCUCGAUGAAGUUACCUCAAAGUAUAUUCGAGGCCGACUUGAGGAGGAUCUUGAUAUGGACCUCGUGGAAUUCAAGCCGUUUAUCGAUCAAGAGAUGCUCACCAUACUGGGCCAGAUGGAUGCACCGACUGAGAUAUUCGAUCACGUGUACCUCGGAAGCGAGUGGAAUGCCAGUAAUUUAGAAGAACUUCAGAAGAAUGGCGUGAGACACAUCUUAAAUGUUACUCGGGAAAUCGACAACUUUUUCCCGGGGAUGUUCACAUAUCUGAAUGUACGUGUAUAUGAUGACGAGAAGACGGACUUGCUGAAGCACUGGGAUAACACAUUCAAGUACAUUACUAAAGCGAAGAUGGAAGGCUCUAAGGUGUUGGUGCACUGCAAAAUGGGAGUGUCCCGGUCUGCCUCCGUGGUGAUAGCUUACGCUAUGAAGGCUUACAACUGGGAUUUUUCUCAAGCGUGGAAGCAUGUUAAAGAGAAGCGCAAUUGCAUUAAGCCUAACAACAGUUUCCUCCUGCAGCUGGAAACGUACCAGGGUAUUUUGGACGCGAUGAAGAACAAGGAAAAACUUCAGAGGUCCAAGUCCGACACGAAUCUGAAAUCUCCCACAUCUGCGAAGGAUCAAUCAAAAAAGGAAGAGAAGUCGGAUAAUACGGAGAAUCAUAUGCGGGAGGUUUCAGGUUCAGAAUUGAAAAAAAGUAGCCAAAGACCAAAGAGUUGGUCACCGAAUGUCAAAGUCGCUGAGAAUAUGUUACCUUCCGUUCCUUUGUCGCAGUCGUUGGAAAGCAUCGACAAGGCGGGAAACGCAGAAGUCACACGUGAGGAUCUUCUUCGUGGUUCGAAUCAAAAACCGGCAAUAGAACAAGAGGCUCGCAACGUUCUAAUGCCUUGCGACAACGGGCAGUCUUACAGCGUGUCGCAGAACAAAAUAGUGCAUCUACCUGCGCCCGCUCCCGGCACACCUAGCGUAAAGAAUAGGAUUAGUAAGUUGGAAACUCAGGGACAGAAGAGGAAAGGCCUGGUACUCAAUCUAACGAAUCAGUUCGAGGCGGCCAGCAGUAAACCGUCGUCACCAGGAUCCGAUUCGGAUUCGAAGAGCCUGCCUCAGGGCUCGGAGGACAAUGCGAAGCCGAUCGAGAACGGUCAUCCGCAUUGCGAGCAGACGCAGGAGACGCGGGAGGCUGCGGCCUCCGUCGCGAGCGCGCCUUCCGAAAAGAAAGUGUGGGAUCCCGGCGAGGAGCAGAGGGAGAGGAGAAAGGAAACGAAGCAGGAGAUCACCGCCGAGAUCAACGAUAAUAGUGAUUGUCUAGUCUGGACUGCGUCCGCGGACGUAACGUGUGCCGAUUCGUGUGACGACAAUAAAACUGACGAAGUUGUGAGCGCGGAGAGUGAGUGUAUCGCGAGUGCGAUGUCGAUCGCGUCGUCGACGACGUGUCCCGAUAUCGCGGCGAGGAAAACGAAGAAGGACGGCGAUCCGUUCAGCGCCCAGCUGGAUCGCGUGUUCGAUCGCGAGGAGAGACGGGGCGAGCCCGUCACGAGGGAAUCCCCGAGCCGACAAAGUUCCUGGAGCAGUUACGAUAGCGCCGUGGUUCUCGACAACAACUCGGUGCACAGUUCGUGGGCCACCUUGCCGUCGAGGAACAGUUCCUGGGGCUCCUACGACAUGCGGCCGUCCGAUCUACUCGGCUCUAGCGGCCUGUUCCCGUACGACAAGGAGGAGAUACCGUGGCAUCCGGGCACGGUGAAGCGCACCAAGCAGAAACUGGAGGAGGGCACGAGCGCGGGCGGGGUGAAACGCGUGUGCACGCAGACCACCUCAACGGCGGAUGACAAGAGCGACAGACUGGCCACCGCCGAGUCGGACGCGGUCGCGGUCGAGACGUACAAUCCAGUACUGCUGCAGCACAUGCCGUCGCCGACGCCGCGCAGGAGAGACUCGUCGCCCGCUCAGGAGCACAAUCUCAAGGUGGAAGCGAGCAGAGACUCGCCGAGUCCGGUGGGCAGUAUCGACAUCUCCCUCACGCCGAUGCGCCAGAUCGGCAGAUUAUCCACGAGCGCCCCGGCGCCAUCCUCACUGUCCUCCGAGUCCGAUUUGCCUCUCUCGCUGCGCUCCUGCAGAUCGGAGAGCGAGACGUCCAGCCCGUGCGUCGUCAACACGCCUCAAUGUCCCUCCGUCAAGCAUCACAAAAUGGUCCUGGAAAAUCUCUGCAACAAGUCCGUGUUCAGCAAGCGCUGCCUCUCCGUCGACGACUCGCCGGAAGCGGAGUGUCCGCGGAGCACGUCCGGCAUAGUGAAGAACCUGAAGAAGGAGUUCGAGGCGAAGUCGACCAAGCUGGAAAAGAGUCCCGAGAACGCGUCGUGCGAGGGUGAGAACGCGUCGUCGUCGCUGCCAGCGCGACCCAAAAGGGACGUCAAGAUCAGGAGUUUGCCCUCGUCGCCGGUGAUCCCGCACAACGAAUCCAAGAUCCAGUCGUCGUCCAGCGUCGGCGAAAAAGACAGCAAGCAGGGGAGGAGGAGCGAGGCGGCGCCGCCGCCGCCACUGUCGUCGCAGGACAACGCGGAGGACCUCUCCGUCAGAGUGUUGGUGGGCAAGUACGAGGUCGCCAAGCCGGAGUCCCGCAAGAGCACGGACGUGCAGCUGCGCGCGCACAAGGACAAAGAUUGGGACGCUAUGGAGGUGCAUCCGCCGGCGAAGUCGAAAAUCGCACCCGAGUUCUCGAGGCGGUCGGCGCCGAUCAUGAUCAACAGUCAUCCCUCGCCGCUGUACAGCGAGACGCCGGAGGCGCCCGGCAGGCCGCCAGCGGUGCCGUCGCCCAGCGUCGUCGUGGCCAGCGUGGUGGCGAAGGCAGCUAGCAAGAAGCAGCAGCAGCACGGCAGAACCCAUCCGCUCGCCAGGCUGCAAGUCAGGCCUAGGCACAGCAGUCCCGUCUACAACACCAUGUAAUAAAAGCGACGCUCCCUUCGUGCACGUCGGUUUCUCAGGCGCGACGCGAGCGCAGCGUACCUAAUCUGGACGAGAGUGUACUCGCGUGGUCGCGCGAACGUCAUCGUGACGAUGAAAUCGUGAUCUCUUUUUAUGCGAUGGAUGAUUGCAAGUUUUUUUUUUGAGCCAGCCGCGCCUGUUGUUCCAAGAGUGGAUCUUCUUAUCGUCUUUCGCUUUUUUUUUUUUCUUUCUUAUCAUUACUGCCGCACAACAGUCGCAUCAAUCGCAUCAAGUCGCUUGUACGAUCGUUUCAUUCACGAUUUUGUCAUCUCGGUAAGAUAAUCAAUUAUUAUUUGUAAGACGAUCAUUUCGCGCAAGCGUUCGGAUCUUUUUUUACGAUGAAACAACGACAGGCGCUUUAAGUUCCUUCUCGUCAACUUGUAUAAUCUUGGCUUAGUUCAAUUAUUUUAAGCUGGAAAUGCAACAAUCACGAGGCUGCGCGUCGAGAAGGAGGUCAACGUAAAUUAAGGAAGAGAUAAAUGUUAUUCCUAUAUUACUUCGUCGUAAGUUAGUGGGCUCGGAAUCAAACGUGUGUGCGUUAAAUACGAGAAAUGUACGGCGCGGAAUGGAUUUUACGCGAUAGGCGGCGUAGAUAGGUUUCGGUCCGCGAUGGAAAAAAGAAAACACGAGAAAGAAGAGCCGAGUGCUCAGUCAGGCUGUGAAUGUAAGGUCUGAGCCUCGGGCGCACGCUGACCUUUCUUCUGCUUCGCUUUCUUAAUCUCUUCUCUUUUUUUUUCUUUCUCUGUCUCUUUUCGUCGGAUUUGAAGUUGCUUCGCGAGACGAUAAAUCUCCCGAUCCGCCGCGAAGCGACUUUCUGUCGAUUUUGUCGUAACGUGUACGGAACAAAAGUUACAUACGACGAGACCUCGAGAUAAUGUAAUGUUAAGCCACACUAUUAGUAAUUUAUAGGUGAUAAUGUGAUUAGAGUGAUGCACAGUGUGCGAGGACACGACGUAGCGGAGUGUGUGUAUUUUUUUUUCUGUUGAGCGACUGUUCUGGAAGCACGAGUGUGAUCGGAAAAAGGCGGGGGUACCAAAAUUCACGAGCUUCUGAUCGUUUCACGAAACCCCGAGAAGUGAUUCCUCCUUGAUCUUUCUCGUUAACGGCCAUAUUUUGCAUGACUGCGGAAUUAUGCGGAAUCAGUCAGUCGGAGAUAGAUAACGUAAUGGGAUAGAUUCUUCUCUCUUAAAUUGUAAGAUAAUAAUUUAGUAUUACGUAUUGUCUUAUCCGGAAGUGUGUGAUGUAUGUUGCAACGCGACAGAUUUCGAUUUAAUUAAGAGAAAUCAAGUCUCGUUAGAUUUUUAUCGGGGCUUGAUCCGCCGCCUCAACGUUUAGGUUUACGUAAUUCGUACGCGUAUUCGAAUUCGGAUCUCUGCUGCAUGUGAUCCAAUAGAGAGCGAGUUAUAGUCUGAAACGGGCGUUGCUCUUGCGAAUUAGGUACCUCACUCGUCUCAUUAAUUGUUAUUUAACCCGCUCUUAGUACUCCUACUAUUAUAGAUUAUCCUUAUCACAGUUAAUUCAAGAUCGGUUGGUCGUGCGACGCUUUUCAACGGCUGACGAUGCAGCGACGAUAGUGCAUCAGGAAGUUCCGCCAUUGAUUCCGAUAAGUCGAAAAAAAAAAAAAA